CGUUCAUUCUCGCAAUAUCUACUGUUCUUUCUCACGUCUCUUGCCCAUGCCUCGCAUACAGAGUCCGACCACCAUCACCACUGCAGAAGUUCAACAAUUACAGGUAAGACAUUAAGCAAGAAUCUUUCCUUAUUAAUCUUUAGAAUUAGAAUAAGGAUUGUAUGCAAUAUGCAUAUGAAAUGCUUCUGAAAGUUUUUUUAUAUUUGCAUGAUAAAAAGAGCGAUGUGCGUGUUAAGUGUUUGCAGAGCAUAAUUAGCCUAGUAUUCAUUUUCACAAUAUUAGCCUACAUAUCGAAAUGCACAUAAUUAUCCUAAACAAUUUUGCGUUGAAAUAAUGUUUACACAGAAAAGUAACCUACUUUGUACAAUGACAGCUAUGCCCAAAUCAAUAGCCGUGAGACUAUUUACCUCAGCAAAGUAUGCAAAUAUUCCUAGUGUGCAUCAACUGUGUUCAGGCUGAAUAGAGACUACUAAAAAGUUGUUAAUAACGCAACAUCUUAUUUUAAAUCUGAUUUUGUCAGGUUUUUUACCUAGCAUGUCUCUCUCUCUCUCUGCUGGUCUCACAAGUGGUAGAUGUUAAUAAACAGAAUGUAUUGAUCUUAGCCUAGAAGACAGAGGAAGCUCAACAUUUAGACAGAUCUCCACUUGUAGGUUGUCUUUGUCCAUGUACAUUCAUCAGUAUAUUCAUCAGUUAAUCAAUGCAAUGGUUUUGCUUCUGCUUUCUAUGAUGCUUCAGUAUACAACACAUUUUCUUAUCCAUUCAAGCAGCAAUUGGUCAAUGACUAUAAAGGCAUAAUUGCUUAACCAGGGUGUUGUGCAUUUCUUUUCGCAGAUAGCAAUAGCCUUAUCAAUGCAAUGGUUCUGCUUUAUGUUUUCAUGCACACACGCGCACACGCACAUACACAGUAAGUAUUCAGAGCUACUUGCCUCUCCUCAGCUUUUGCUGCACAGUUCUUCUUUACUGAAAAUACACUUUACAUACAUACAGUUUGCAAAUCAAGUGACUUUUCAGGAUUCAGACCAAAGAUAAGGAAAGUGUGUAUCUCUGUGUGUGCUUCUGCAUGUAUGUUUGUCUCUUUGUGCAUAAUGUUUUUAAUCAAAUGUGCACAGUGUGGAGAAGUGCAACUAAUAUCGAGGUUAUCCUCUUAUUGUUUAGCCCAUACUUUUUGUUCACUCUGCAUUGUUAUAUUCUUACUGAAUCUCCCCAAUCACCCAUCAUUUAAUGCCACAUAUACCCCAAAGCUGUAUGUUCAUGCAUUUCAGUAUGUGGUUCUGGUUUGUCCUUAAUCAUCUUCCUGUGUUUAUGUUGGCGAUGGCAAAACUCCUCCAUAUCUGUGCAUCUGGGUUACUUGCUUUCUAAAAAGUACAUACAGAAACAAACAAAAAUCUUCUAUUGGUUUUGAUAUGGAGGACAAUCAUCUUUGUGUAUGAUUCAAACGAGUUUCGGUAGGUUCAGGUACAGAUUUAACUACCUUUACUUCUUGAAAGAAACUGGGGUAGAAAUUGUGAGUCAUAAACCACUGUUUGAUGACCAUCACCUAACUUUUGGGCUAUUCUAUUAUCAUUACAAUGUUCCUAGUGCAGUACACUACCAGUCAAAAGUUUUAGAAAACCUACUCAUUCAAGGGUUUUUCUUUAUUUUUACUAUUUUCUACAUUGUAGAAUAAUAGUGAAGACAUCAAAACUAUGAAAUAACACAUAUGGAAUCAUGUAGUAACCAAAAAAGUGUUAAACAAAUCUAAAUAUAUUUUAUAUUUGAGAUUCUUCAAAUAGCCACCUGUCACGCCCUGGCUCUGGGGACUCUUAAUUGUUGAGCCAGGGUGUGGAUGUUCCAUGUUUAGUUUUCUAUGUUUUGUUCUAGAUCGUUUAGUUUCUAUGUUGGCCAGGGUGGUUCCCAAUCAGAGACAGCUGUAGCUCGUUGUCUCUGAUUGGGGACCAUACUUAGGCAGCCUUUUGGCAUGUUAGGUUGUGGGAUCUUGUUCCGUAAGGUUUUGUGUAUAACCUAGGAAUUCACGUAUCGUUUGGUUUAUUGUUUUGGUUCGUGUGUGUACACUAAUAAAGAAUGUACACUUAUCACGCUGCGCCUUGGUCCGCUUCAUCUCAUAACGAUCGUGACAGAAGAUCCCACCACCAGAGGACCAAGCAGCGUGCCCAGGAGGAGAAGUUGGCAAUGUCCCAGGUGGGCGAAUGGUGGUCAUGGGAGGACAUAUUCGCGGGCAGAGGGCCAUGGGCAAAAGUAAAUGCCCAGGCAGGAGAGGAGAAACGGCGCCAACCGUGCCGACGACGGACACGCGAGAGGCAACCCCUGCUGGAGGCAGCUACAGGACGAAUCGGCGGACUAGGAGAGGAGGCCACCAGGUUUGGGGGGCUGGAAGGGUGGUUGGCGGAGACUAGAGGUAGAGCAGAGCCAACUCCCCAUACUCAAGCUAGGCAGCGUGAGACUGGGCAGGUUCCGUGUUAUUCGGAGCCACGUACUGUGCCGCGAGUGUUCCGGCACAGUCCUGUACGUCCUGUGCUAGCACCACGCACGUGUCGUGCUAAGGUGGGCAUGCAGCCAGGACGGAGUGUGCCGGCUCAACGCUCGUGGCCUCCAGUACCCCUCCUCGGUCCCGGAUAUCCUGCGCCAGUGCCACGUGCUGUAGUGCCAGUACGAGUGCACAGCCCUGUACGUCCUGUGCUGAUGCCUCACACUGAUUGUGUGGAAAUAGGCAUUCAGCCAGGACGGGUUGUGUCAGCUCUCCGCUCCAGACCUCCAGGCCGUCUCCACAGUCCAGCCCGGCCUGUUCCUGUCCCUCGCACCAAACCAGUGGUGCGCGUCGCCAGCCCGGUCCGGCCUGUUCCUGUCCCUCGCACCAAACCAGUGGUGCGCGUCGCCAGCCCGGUCCGGCCUGUUCCUGUCCCUCGCACCAAGCCAGUGGUGCGCGUCGCCAGCCCGGUCCGGCCCAUUCCUGCUCCCCGCUCCAAGCCAGUGGUGCGCGUCGCAAGCCCGUUCCGGCCUGUUCCUGUCCCUCGCACCAAACCAGUGGUGCGCGUCGCCAGCCCGGUCCGGCCUGUUCCUGUCCCUCGCACCAAACCAGUGGUGCGCAUCGCCAGCCCGGUCCGGCCUGUUCCUGUCCCUCGCACCAAACCAGUGGUGAGCGUCGCCAGCCCGGUCCGGCCCGUUCCUGCUCCCCGCACCAAGCCAGUGGUGCGCGUCGCCAGCCCGGUCCGGCCUGUUCCUGUCCCUCGCACCAAGCCAGUGGUGCACGUCGCCAGCCCGGUCCGACCCGUUCCUGCUCCCCGCACCAAGCCAGUGGUGCGCGUCGUCAGCCCGGUCCGGCCCGUUCCUGCUCCCCGCACCAAGCCAGUGGUGCGCGUCGCCAGCCCGGUCCGGCCUGUUCCUGUCCCUCGCACCAAGCCUGUGGUGCGCGUCGCCAGCCCGGUCCGGACUGUUCCUGCUCCCCGCACCAAGCCAGUGGUGCGCGUCGUCAGUCCGGCACGGUCCGUGCCUGUUCCACCGGUGCCUGGUCCGGCACCGGUCAGCUGCUCCACUCCGGAGCCAGAGCAAUCCGCUCCACCGGUGUUCAGUCCAGCUCCGGCCAGCGGGACCAGACCAGGGGCGCAACGGGGGGGUAGAGAGAGAGUGGUGGUCACGCCCGGAGCCGGAUCCGCCUCCGAGGCGGAAUGCCCACCCGGCCCCUACCCUGUUGUGUUGGUGUGGCGCGGUCACAGUCCGCGCCUUUGGGGGGGGGUACUGUCACGCCCUGGCUCUGGGGACUCUUAAUAUUUGAGCCAGGGUGUGGAUGUUCUAUGUUUAGUUUUCUAUGUUUUGUUCUAGAUCGUUUAGUUUCUAUGUUGGCCAGGGUGGUUCCCAAUCAGAGACAGCUGUAGCUCGUUGUCUCUGAUUGGGGACAAUACUUAGGCAGCCUUUUGGCAUGUUAGGUUGUGGGAUCUUGUUCCGUAAGGUUUUGUGUAUAACCUAGGACUUCACGUAUCGUUUGGUUUAUUGUUUUGGUUUGUGUGUGUACACUAAUAAAGAAUGUACGCUUAUCACGCUGCGCCUUGGUCCGCUUCAUCUCAUAACGAUCGUGACACCACCCUUUGCCUUGAUGACAGCUUUGCACACUCUUGGCAUUCUCUUAAUCAGCUUCAUGAGUUAGUCACCUGGAAUGCAUUUCAAUUAACAGGUGUGCCUUGUUAAAAGUUCAUUUGUGGAAUUUCUUUCCUUCUUCAUGUUUUUGAGCCAAUCAGUUGUGUUGUGACAAGGUAGGGGAGUAUACAGAAGAUAGCACUAUUUGGUAAAAGACCAAGUCCAUAUUAUGGCAAGAACAGCUCAAAUAAGCAAAGAGAAACGACAGUCCAUCAUUACUUUAAGACAUGAAGGUCAGUCAAUACGGAACAUUUCAAUAACUUUUAAAGUUUCUUCAAGAGCAGUCACAAAAACCAUCAAGCGCUAUGAUGAAACUGGCUCUCAUGAGGACCGCCACAGGAAAGGAAGACCCAGAGUUACCUCUGCUAAAGAGGAUAAGUUCAUUAGAGUUAACUGCACAUCAGAUUGCAGUCCAAAUAUAUGCUUGACAGAGUUCAAGUAACAGACACAUCUCAACAUCAACUGUUCACAGGGGACUGUGUGAAUCAGGCCUUCAUGAUCGAAUUGCUGCAAAGAAACCACUACUAAAGGACACCAAUAAGAAGAAGAGACUUGCUUGGGCCAAGAAACACGAGCAAUGGACAUUAGACCAGUGGAAAUGUAUCCUUUGGUCUGUAGUCCAAAUUUGAGAUUUUUGGUUUCAACUGGCGUGUCUUUGUGAGACGCGGUGUGGUUGAACGGAUGAUCUCCGCAUGUGUAUUUCCCACCGUAAAGCAUGGAGGAGGAGGUGUUAUGGUGUGGGGGUGCUUUGCUGGUGACACUGUCUGUGAUUAUUUAGAAUUCAAGGCACACUUAACCAGCAUGGCUACCACAACAUUCUGCAGCAAUACGCCAUCCCAUCUGGGGGACUAUCAUUUGUUUUUCAACAGAACAAUAACCCAACACACCUCCAGGCUGUGUAAGGUCUAUUAGAACAAGAAGGAGAGUGAUGGAGAGCUGCAUCAGAUGACCUGGCCUCCACAAUCCCCGACCUCAAACAAAUUGAGAUGGUUUGGGAUGAGUCGAACUGCAGAGUGAAGGAAAAGCAGCCAACAAGUACUCAGCAUAUGUGAGAACUCCUUCAAGACUGUUGGAAAAGCAUUCCAGGUGAAUCUGGUUGAGAGAAUGCCAAGAGUGUGCAAAGCUGUCAUCAAGGCAAAGGGUGGCUAUUUGAAGAAUCUCAAAUCCCAAAUAUAUUUUGACACUUUUUUGGUUACUACAUGAUUCCAUAUAUGUUAUUUCAUAGUGUUGAUGUCUUCACUAUUAAUCUACAAUGUAGAAAAUAGCAAAAAUAAAGAUAAACCCUUGAAUGAGUAGGUGUUCUAAAAGUUUUGACCGGUAGUGUACACUAAAUAAUUUGAUGCAUGCUGCAUCCAUCACAGAAUUGAAUAUAGAAGACAUUUCAUUAUAGGUAAUUACUGUAAACAUAACUGUAUUUGCUGCUCAUGAAUCAUAAUGUAUAUACAUUUGCAGCUUAUAAUACAAAAGUAUAUGGACACCCCUUCAAAUCAGUGGAUUCGGCUAUUUCAGCCACACCGUUGCUGACAGGUAUAUAAAAUCGAGCACACAGCCAUGCAAUCUCCAUAGACAAACACUGGCAGUAGAAUGGCCCAUACUGAAGAGCUCAGUGACUUUCAACAUUGCACCGUCAUAAGAUAACACCUUUCCAACAAGUAAGUUUGUCAAAUUUCUGCCAUGCUAGAGCUGCCCCGGUCAAUUGUAAGUGCUGUUAUUGUGAAGUGGAAACGUCUAGGAGCAACAACAGCUCAGCCGCGAGGUGGUAGGCCACACAAGCAAAAAAUCUUCUGUCCUCGGUUGCAACACUCACUACCGAGUUCAAAACUGCUUCUGGAAGCUACGUCAGCACAGUAACUGUUCACCGGGAGCUUCAUUAAAUACGUUUCCAUGGCCGAACAGCCACACACAAGCCUAAGAUUACCAUGCGCAAUGCCUCGGCUGAAGUGGUGUAAGCAUCGGCUGGAGUGGUGUAAAGCUCGCCGCCAUUGGACUCUGGAGCAGUGGAAAGGCGUUCUCUGGAGUAAUGAAUCACGCUUCACCAUCUGGUAGUCCGACGGAUAAAUCUGGGUUUGGCGGAUGCCAGGUGAAUGUUAUCUGCCCGAAUGCAUAGUGCCAACUGUAACGUUUGGUGGAGGAGGAAUAAUGGCCUGGUGCUGUUUUUCAUGGUUCGGGCUAGGCCCCUUAGUUCCAGUGAAGGGAAAUCUUAAUGCUACAGUAUAUAAUGACAUUCUAGACGAUUCUGCGCUUCCAACUUUGUGGCAACAGUUUGUGGAAGACCCCUUCCUGUUUCAGCAUGAAUAUGCCCCCGUGCACAAAGCGAGGUCCAUACAGAAAUUGUUUUUCGAGAUCGGUGUGGAAGAACUUGACUGGCCUGCACAGAUCCCUGACCACAACCACAUCGGACACCUUUGGGAUGAAUUGGAAUGCCGACUGCGAGCCAGGCCUAAUGCCCAACAUCAGUGCCCGACCUCACUAAUGCUCUUGUUGCUGAAUGGAAGCAAGUCACCGAAGCAAAGUUCCAACAUCUAGUGGAAACCCUUCCCAGAAGAGUGGAGGCUGUUAUAGCAGCAAAGGGGGGAACACCUCCAUAUUAAUGCCCAUGAUUUUGGAAUGAAAUGUUAGACGAGCAGGUGUCCAUAUACUUCUGGCUAUGUAGUGUACCAAAGAUGCUCACAUACAACAUAAUUAUACUGAAGUGCUUGUCAUCAUCUGAAUGCUCUUGAUUACUUCCUUAAUUGAACAGUACACUAUAAGGAUUCUGCAUAUGUUAGCAUGGCUUUGAAAUGACUCACUCUAUUAAAAAUAUAUAUUAUAUUGAGGUCUUCAGCAUCAGUAUUUAUAUUCGGUUUAAUAGCAGCAAAAUCCCCUCAGCUGUUUCAGCUGCCCCUCACCCCCCACUCGCUUCUCACUCGCCGUGUUCUGUUCAGUCCUAGUCUUUGGAAUUUGCUGUUGCCAUGGCAAUGGAAUAGAACACGCUCUCUCGCUUCUUUCCCGUUCCCUCUUGCUUUAUAUAUCCCUCUAUCUCUCUCUAGGUGAAAUGUGGAAACGAAUCAGUUUCUUUCCUUUCGGGUUGGUCAUCGCAGAAUGUACAAACCCAGUUGUAUUAAUGAUUUAUCUUUUUGUAAGGUUGAGAAAUAACAUUUUACUUGGCUUCCCUCUCAUGUCACAUUAAUUUAUUGAAUCCUUUAUUUUUCUUCUUAUUCUUCACCCCACAGGAGCAACGCUGAGAUGCCUGCCAGUGCCAUGACCACUUACUGAGAAGAGGGAAGGAACCUUUAGUUGCGGAUCCACGUUCACAUAGAGACAGAGACAGUGAGACGGGAAGAACUAGGGAGCAGAGAAAUAGAGAGAGACAGGGGAACGAGAGAGAAGAGAGGAAACGAGAGAGGAAGAGCGGUCGAUGGAUGCUGCUUGGACAGAGGGGACUCUGAAUGCGCACUCUUCACUGACUAGGAACAGCAAGCUACAGACAUGGAGGCAAAAGGCAAAGGCAUGCCCCAAGGUAACACACAUUUCACUAGAAACACACUUCACCAAACACACACACACAGUACACACACAUUUAACAGAUGCCUGGAUUGAAAAGAAAACAAAAUGAUUUACCCAAGUAAUUAUUUUGUAACUAGACUAGACAAUUAUACAGAAGUUUUAGUUUUUUGCCUUUCUCAAAAAGGGCUUUUGUAUGAAAACAAUUACAAGUCAUCAGAGAGACAAAGCACUGACAAUGCCUUUCUAAUUGGCCCUCUGGGAUUAAUAAAGUCUUAUUAAUUGAAAUCGAGACACCAGGUUUUGAACAUGCAGGUCAAUAAUGGGACAAUUGUGGUAUAUCGGUUGUUUCCUUUGAAACACAGACAAACCCACACCAUUCAAGAGGAUACUCUUGAUUUGUAGCUUUUCAGGCGUCUUUACCAUUUCACCAGCUCUUCUCUUUCUCAAUCCCUCUCUCUCAUCCCUCUCUCUCCUCCCUCUCUCCGGCCCAGUCAUGGUGUGGUGGGAGAAGGGGAUCCAGGUUGUCCUCACCACUUUGGGGGCGUUUGCAGCCUUUUCCCUGAUGGCGGUGGCCAUUGGGACAGACUACUGGCUGUACGCACGGGCCUUCAUCUGCAACAGCACGGCUAACUCCUCCCAGGACGACCCCAACAACAAGGACAAAAAAGACCCUGGAGCCCUCACCCACUCUGGCCUCUGGAGGAUCUGCUGUCUAGAGGGUAAGGGGAGGACUAGAUGUGUGUGUGUGUGUGUGUGUAUGUGUGUGUGUGUGUGUGUGUGUGUGUGUGUGUGUGUGGAGGGGUGAUGGGGGACCAGUGUAUUUCCAGGGUUUUGGUGGGGUCAGAUGAAUGGCUCAGUGUGUGUGUGUGUGUGUGUGUGUGUGUGUGGGGGGGGGGGGGGGGUGGAUCACUGUGUUUGGCUCAGUGUGUUUACAUAUGUGCCCAUGUGUGUGUGCAUGCUCGUUUAUGUGCACAUACGUGCAUGUGCAGGUGUGUGUACAAGAGUGUAUGUGUUGAGCAGUUGAUGAGCAGCUCAAACAUGAAAGACACAGUUCGACACAAUGCGACCUGGAGUGCAUUUAGAGGACAUCCAGUGGACAGUGGCAGACAGUCAGGAGAAGAAAAGGCGAAUUUCAAGAGUCGCUUGUCUAACAUGACCAAACAUUAGCAUUUUUACCCAAUUGUCAUCUGGCAGAAACUAGUCUCGUCGAGGAGCAGGCGUGAUAAUGACUUGAUUUUGAAGGUAUGGCAACGUGAGACUAGCGAAUGUCAAAGAGGAGAAUUUGUUACCUACAGUAAGUGAUAGACAGCAGAAGAGGACAACAACACAGCCAUUUGAUAUAAUAUUUGUGGCGGAUACUCAACAUGCUGAUUACAGCUCCUUGAUUAUUGACGUAGUCUGUUGUUUUCCUCUGAGUACAAAGGGUUGUUUGUGGGUCAUUUGACUGUAAUGACCGACUUGUUUUAACCAUCUUGAAAAGGUAUUAAAAUGAAUACUUAAUUCACCAAGCCCCAGAUCUCUCUCUCUCUCUCUCUCUCUCUCUCUCUCUCUCUCUCUCUCUCUCAGGGCUGAAGAGAGGAGUGUGUUCUCAGAUCAAUCAUUUCCCGGACGAUGCAGACUAUGAUCAGGAUGCAGCAGAGUAUCUCCUGCGUAAGUGAGGGGACGUGGGCAGUGUGAGGAUGUCACUAGAAAGAUGUGAUGUCGAACUGAAAAGAAAAGCUGGGAAACAGCAGCAGUGAAUGCCGAGGUGCAAGGUUAUGAAUUAGCUAACUCAAUGAGUAUCUCUCAUUUGCCAGAGGGAAUUAUGACAAAGCAAUAGGAUAUUCCAAUCAAACCAGAACAUUGGUUGGAAUUAGAAUGUAGGAUACAUUUAGUCAUUUAUGAAAGGUGUUACAAAAUAAAUGCUUAGUGUGGCAUAUUACUUUACUCCAGAUGGUGAUAAUGUCACAUAUGCAGCCUGAAAAGCAAGGGUUGGAACCAGUUCAGGGAACAGAAUAGAAAAUUGGAAAAUAACAACAUUAUUUGAGGAUCAGAACCCAAACCGGAAACAAAAGUGAUGUAUGCCGUUCCAGAACGGAACCGUUAUUUUAAAAGCACGGGAACUGGUUAAUAACGCUCUUUUACAUUCCGGACAUUUCUUUCCAGUCCGCAACAAAGCCCCUAUGCAAAGCCCUCUCUCUGUCACUCAGAAACUUAUUCCAGCGUCUGCCUGUCAACUGGAAAUCUUUGCCAGUGGGUGUGCGUGUGUGUAGGCUACCUGCAUAUGUUACUGUAGCCACCUGAUGACAUUACAAGCCUGAUUCAGAAGUUAGGGAGAGAUACGAUAGUUAUCACAUUCGAUUUAUUAAGUACAAAAAGGUAAGAUGUGUUUUUAAUUAUAGUGCUGCUCUGCACACACAAGCUUGUUAGCUAGCUACGUUUGUUCUGGUCCAACGUUAAAUCAACUCAGAAGUUCAAUGACAUUCAAGUAUAGGUAUAAUUCUGUGGGCGUAAUUCAGAUAAUGCAUCAUAACAAGAUGCCCAGCGCAUCAAGGCAAGCUUCCUCCAUCCUGUCUUGCGCUCUCCUCACCCGCAACAUUUCAGUUGCAUCACGCGCCUUACACUGUGACUGGCAGCACAGUGUGUGUGUUUGUAUUUCAUUAAGAUUCAACCAUGCUGUUACGGCAAAAUAUAAUUAACUCUUAACGACUUUACAGACUAAAUCACUUACCUGCUCGCUUAGCUACUCUAUCUGAUUGGUGAAGUAAUUUAAUAUACAGCUAAAUGUAAAGAAAUGACAAUUUUUGAGGUGUAAAAAGGAACAGAAAGGAAUAAUAUAAACCGGUACUUUUUGGGGGGUUCAAACUGGUUCAGAACUUUAUUUUGCUGGUCGGAACAGUGUCAUUUCGGUUCCAACCCCUGCAAGUCACCUUCACAACAUCAUCUUUAAUCAUUCAUCUUUAAUAUAUAUUUGCUACGCUCAGCAGGUUAUGACAAAAUAAGGUUGCAGACGCUUCCAAUAUUAUCAGAGGAUAUGAAGUCCUAUCUAAGCAGAGUUCCAGGUAGAAGAUACCCAUAGGCACAGAUCUAGGAUCAAAUUACCCUCCCCAAAUCAUAACUAUAACCAUUAACCACUGUCAACAAGAAACUGACCUUAGAUCAGCAACUAAGGAACAUUUCACCCCCCUCUGUCUGCAGGUGUGGUCCGAGCCUCCAGUAUCUUCCCCAUCCUGAGUGCUAUACUGCUCCUGAUGGGAGCGAUGUGUGUUGCAUCCAGCAGCUUCUACAAGAGCAAGAGGAACAUCAUCCUAGGAGGAGGCAUCCUGUUUGUGGCUGCUGGUAAGGUGCUGGCGUCUUGUUCUUGACUGUUUCUCUAUUACUCAGGACACAUGGGUCUGUUUUCCUGGACACAGAUUAAGCCUAGUCCUGGAGUUAAAAUCAUGCUCAAUGGUGUCCCAUACUAAUUUUCCUCUUGUUAAGAUGGACUGCAAUAGCCCUAGUCUGCCUUAAAUGUUCUCAAUGGUCUCUGAACUCAGAAAAUAGUGUUAUUAUUAAGGAUAAUAUAAUUAUCCCCAUCCUUUCAUCCAUGCAUGAUAUUCACUUUUGUGUUGUUUUUCCCUCCCCAUAACUAUUUUUAUGUUAAUGAUGUUGGUUGCGGUUUAGAUUUCCCACUUACAGUAUAUCAUCCCUUGAGUGGAGACUCAGGUCAACGAGGCACGACACAACAGAAGUGAUAAAGAUUGUUUAUUUAGUAUUAUGCCAUUUACUACCUCCUAAGUGGCGAUAUGGGUCAAUUAGACAUAACACGAGAGAAGUAAUCAAAUGUAGAUGGUUCGUUUAGAGCCAUUCCCCCAUCCCCUUAUGGAAAAGCUCAGAGAAAAUCAAUGGCAUAUUAUACUGAACAAAAAUAUAAACGGAACAUGCAACAAUUUAAAAUAUUUUACUGAGUUACAGUUCAUAUAACGAAAUCAGUCAAUUGAAAUACAUGUGUUAGGCCCUAAUCUAUGGAUUUCACAUGACUGGGCAGGGGCGCAUGCAUUGGGUGAAUCUGGGAGGCCAUAGGCCCACCCACUUGAGAGCCAGGCCAACCCAGCCAAUCAGAAUGAGUUUUUCCCCACAAAAGGGCUUUAUUACAGACAGAAAUACUCCUCAGUUUCAUCAGCUGUCCGGGUGGCUGGUCUCAGACGAUCCCACAGGUGAAGAAGCCGGAUGUGGAGGUCCUGGGCUGGCAUGGUUACACAUGGUCUGCGGUUGUGAGGCCGGUUGGACGUACUGCCAAAUUCUCUAAAACGACAUUAUGGUAGAGAAUUUAACAUUCAAUUUUCUGGCAACAGCUGUGGUGGACAUUCCUGCAGUCAGCAUGCCAAUUGCACGCUCCCUCAAAACUUGAGACAUCUGUGGCAUUGUGUUGUGUGACAAACCUGCACAUUUUAGAGUGGUCUUUUAUUGUCCCCAACACAAGGUGCACCUGUGUAAUGAUCAUGCUGUUUAAUCAGCUUCUUGAUAUUCCACACCUGUCAGGUGGAUGUAUUAUCUUGGCAAAGGAGAAAUGCUCACCAAAAGGGAUGUAAACAAAUUAGUGGACAAAAUUUGCGAGAAAUAAGCUUUUGUGUGUAUGGAAAAUUGCUGGGAUCUUUUAUUUCAUCUCAUGAAACAUGGGACCAACACUUUACAUGUUGCGUUUAUAUUUUUGUUCAGUAUAUACAGUGCAUUCAGAAAGUAUUCAGACCCCUUGACUUUUUCCACAUUUUGUUAUGUUACAGCCUUAUUCUAAAAUUGAUUAAAAAAUAUAUAUAAUCCUCAUCAAUCUAUACACAACACCACAGAAUGACGAUGCAAAAACUGGUUUUUAGACAUUUUUGAAAAUGGUAACAAAUAUAAAACAGAAAUACCUUAUUUACAUAAGUAUUCAGGCCCUUUGCUAUGAGACUCAGAAUUGAGCUCAGGUGCAUCCUGUUUCCAUUGAUCAUCCUUGAGAUGUUUCUACAACUUGAUUGAAUCCAUCUGUGGUAAAUUCAAUUGAUUGGGCAUGAUUUGGAAAGGCACAUACAGUGGGGGAAAAAAGUAUUUAGUCAGCCACCAAUUGUGCAAGUUCUCCCACUUAAAAAGAUGAGAGAGGCCUGUAAUUUUCAUCAUAGGUACACGUCAACUAUGACAGACAAAAUGAGAUUUUUUUUUCUCCAGAAAAUCACAUUGUAGGAUUUUUUAUGAAUUUAUUUGCAAAUUAUGGUGGAAAAUAAGUAUUUGGUCAAUAACAAAAGUUUCUCAAUACUUUGUUAUAUACCCUUUGUUGGCAAUGACACAGGUCAAAUGUUUUUUGUAAGUCUUCACAAGGUUUUCACACACUGUUGCUGGAUUUUUGGCCCAUUCCUCCAUGCAGAUCUCCUCUAGAGCAGUGAUGUUUUGGGGCUGUCGCUGGGCAACACGGACUUUCAACUCCCUCCAAAGAUUUUCUUUGGGGUUGAGAUCUGGAGACUGGCUAGGCCACUCCAGGACCUUGAAAUGCUUCUUACGAAGCCACUCCUUCGUUGCCCGGGCGGUGUGUUUGGGAUCAUUGUCAUGCUGAAAGACCCAGCCACGUUUCAUUUUCAAUGCCAUUGCUGAUGGAAGGAGGUUUUCACUCAAAAUCUCACGAUACAUGGCCCCAUUCAUUCUUUCCUUUACACGGAUCAGUCGUCCUGGUCCCUUUGCAGAAAAACAGCCCCAAAGCAUGAUGUUUCCACCCCCAUGCUUCACAGUAGGUAUGGUGUUCUUUGGAUGCAACUCAGCAUUCUUUGUCCUCCAAACACGACGAGUUGAGUUUUUACCAAAAAGGUCUAUUUUGGUUUCAUCUGACCAUAUGACAUUCUCCCAAUCCUCUUCUGGAUCAUCCAAAUGCACUCUAGCAAACUUCAGACGGGCCUGGACAUGUACUGGCUUAAGCAGGGGGACACGUCUGGCACUGCAGGAUUUGAGUCCCUGGCGGCGUAGUGUGUUACUGAUGGUAGGCUUUGUUACUUUGGUCCCAGCUCUCUGCAGGUCAUUCACUAGGUCCCCCCGUGUGGUUCUGGGAUUUUUGCUCACCGUUCUUGUGAUCAUUUUGACCCCACGGGGUGAGAUCUUGCGUGGAGCCCCAGAUUGAGGGAGAUUAUCAGUGGUCUUGUAUGUCUUCCAUUUCCUAAUAAUUGCUCCCACAGUUGAUUUCUUCAAACCAAGCUGCUUACCUAUUGCAGAUUCAGUCUUCCCAGCCUGGUGCAGGUCUACAAUUUUGUUUCUGGUGUCCUUUGACAGCUCUUUGGUCUUGGCCAUAGUGGAGUUUGGAGUGUGACUGUUUGAGGUUGUGGACAGGUGUCUUUUAUACUGAUAACAAGUUCAAACAGGUGCCAUUAAUACAGGUAACGAGUGGAGGACAGAGGAGCCUCUUAAAGAAGAUGUUACAGGUCUGUGAGAGCCAGAAAUCUUGCUUGUUUGUAGGUGACCAAAUACUUAUUUUCCACCAUAAUUUGCAAAUAAAUUCAUUAAAAAUCCUACAAUAUGAUUUUCUGGAAUUUUUUUCUCUCAAUUUGUCUGUCAUAGUUGACGUGUACCUAUGAUGAAAAUUACAGGCCUCUCUCAUCUUUUUAAGUGGGAGAACUUGCACAAUUGGUGGCUGACUAAAUACUUUUUUCCCCCACUGUAUGUCUAUAUAAGGUCCAACAGUUGACAGUGCAUGUCAGAGCAAAAACCAAGCCAUGAGGUCGAAGGAAUUGUCCGUAGAGCUCCGAGACAGGAUUGUGUUGAGGCACAGAUCUGGGGAAGCAUUGAAGGUCCCCAAGAACACAGUGGCCUCCAUCACUUUUAAAUGGAAGAAGUUUGGAACCACCAAGACUCUUUCUAGAUCUGGCCGCCCGGCCAAACGGAGCAAUCAGGGGAGAAGGGCCUUGGUCAGGGAGGUGACCAAGAACAAGAUGGUCACUUUGACAGAGCUCUAGAGUUCCUCUGUAGAGAUGGGAGAACCUUCCAGAAGGACAACUAUCUCCGCAGCACUCCACCAAUCAGGCCUUUAUGUUAGAGUGGCCAGACCGAAGCCACUCCACAGUUAAAGGCACCUAAAGACUCUCAGACCAUGAGAAAUAAGAUUCUCUUGUCUUAUGAAACCAAGAUUGAACUCUUUGGCCUGAAUGCCAAGCGUCACGUAUGGAGGAAACCUGGCACCAUCCCUACGGUGAAGCAUUGUGUUGGCAGCAUCAUGCUGUGGGGAUGUUUUUCAGUGGCAGGGACUGGGAGACUAGUCAGGAUCGAGGGAGAGAUGAACGGAGCAAAGUACAGAGAGAUCCUUGAUGAAAACUUGCUCCAGAGCGCUUAGGACCUCAGACUGGGGCGAAGGUUCACCUUCCAACAGGAUAACGACCCUAAGCACACAGCCAAGACAAUGCACGAGUGGCUUCGGGACAAAUCUCUGAAUGUCCUUGAGUGGCCCAGCCAGAGCCUGGACUUGAACCCGAUCAAACAUCUCUGGAGAGACCUGAAAAUAGCUGUGCAGCAACGCUCCCCAUCCAACCUAACAGAUCUUGAGAAGAUCUGCAGAGAAGAAUGGGAGAAACUCCCCAAAUACAGGUGUGCCAAGCUUGUAGCGUCAUACCCAAGAAGACUCAAUGCUGUUACCGCUGCCAAAGGUGCUUCAACAAAGUACUGAGUAAAGGGUCUGAAUACUUAUGUAAAUGUGAUAUUUAAGUUUUUCAUUAUAUGAAGUUACUUAUAUGAAUACUUGUAUUUUAUUUUUUUAGAACAUUUUUAAAAAACAUCUAAAAACAUAUUUUUGCUUUGUCAUUAUGGGGUAUUGUGUGUAGAUUGAUGUGUUCUUGGGACCUUCAAUGCUGCAGAAAUUUUUUGGUAACCUGCCUCGACACAAUCCUGUCUCUGAGCUCUACUGACAAUUCCUUCGACCUCAUGGCUCAUGACCUUAUAUAGACAAGUGUGUGCCUUUCCAAAUCAUGUCCAGUCAAUUGAAUUUACCACAGGUGGACUGUGAUGAGGUGGUGAUGAAGGAGUCAGGCGCAGGAGGGUAAAUCACAGAAUAACAGGCUUUAAUCCGCAAAAUACAGGUUUACGCGGAAAUGCGUCAAACACACUCCAGGGCACAAAACAGGCGCACUGGAAAUUACAAGGCAUACGGGAAAAAUACUCCUGUCAAUACACAAUACACGAGCUCCACCGAGCUUCACUAACCUCCACAAAUAAACAAUCACCCACAAGGACAAGGGGGCAGAGGGAACACUUAUACACAGACUAAUUAGGAGAAUAGAACCAGGUGUGUGUGAUUGACAAGACAAUUGUGAUGAUGAUUGGGGCGGCAGUGGUUAGUACUCCGGUGACGACGAACGCCGAAGCCUGCCCGAACAAGGAGGGGAGGCAGCCUCGGCGGAAGUCGUGACAUGGACUCCAAUCAAGUUGUAGAAACAUCUCAAGGAUGAUCAAUGGAAACAGGAUGCACCUGAGCUCAACUCAAGGAUGAUCAAUGGAAACAGGAUGCACCUGAGCUCAAUUUCGAGUCUCAUAGCAAAGGGCCUGAAUGCUUAUGUAAAAAAUUAAAAAUAAAUAAAAAAUGUCUAAAAACCUGUUUUUGCUUUGUCAUUAUGGGGUGUUGUGUGUAGAUUGAUGAGGAUUAGUAAAACAUUUUUUAAAAGGCUGUAAUGUAACAAAAUGUGGAAAAAGUGAAGGGGUCUGAAAACUUUCCGAAUGCACUGUAUUCCAGUCCAUAUCUCACAGACCUUUUUUACAGGUCUCACACCUUCUUUCUCUGUCCUCCAGGCCUGAGCAACAUCAUCGGCGUGAUCGUGUACAUCUCUGCGGCGCUGAGCGACAUCUCGCCCAAGAAGGACGAGGACAAGAAGUGGCAUUACUCGUACGGCUGGUCCUUCUACUUUGGAGGCCUCUCCUUCAUCCUGGCUGAGAUGGUGGGCGUCCUGGCCGUCAACAUUUACAUCGAGAAGAACAAGGAGCUGCGCUGCCGCUCGCGUACCGAACUCUUCAAGAGCACCACGCACGCCAUGCUCCGCCUGCCCAGCUACCGCUUCCGCCGGCACUCCCGCUCCAGCUCGCACUCUACCGACCCGCCACGCUCCCCCCGUGACACCUCACCCACAGGCGCCAAGAGUUUUGCAUUACCACCGUCUGCCCCAUCUUUCUCCGUGGCCACUCUGCCCAACCAACACCAUGCUGGUGGAGGAGUAGGGGGCGAUAUCUCCAUGUAUACCCUGACCCGGGACUCCAAGAUGGGUAGUCUUGGUGGUGGCGGGCCCCCCCUCUACGGCACGGUGGACCGGGCCUCCCUCUACCAGCUGCACAACUACUUCCCCAAAGAGGAAGUGGGGGUGAUGAUGAGCGGUACCCUGCCUUCUCUCUCCAAGUCCAACCUCUCUGCGGCGGGUCAGAAUGCAGUGGCUGGCGCCACUGCCAUUGCGCCGCUGAAUACCUUGUCGUCCUCCGGUCCUACCCCCCAGCAGCCACCUCUGUCCACUGGCACCAUGGAGAGAGAGAGGGGCAUGGGCACCCUGGACCGCCUGGGGGGCAAACGGAACAGGGACACCGACUCCGACACACUGAACAGGAGAACCACGCCAGUGUGAGCCUCGGAGAUAGGAGCAAGAGCCAUGGAGGUGCAGGGCAAAAUGGCGGGUAACACUUUACAUAAACUCCCUGUCAUACAACCUACUUUUCGCUGUCAUAACAAUGACUUAACAGGUAAUGCUUUACAACAUACUGUUCGCUGCCAUACAUAACAAUGACAUUAGGGAUGUUAUAAGCAGUCACUACUACUGUAAAUUCAUGACAACUGCCUUAACACGGUCAUGACGGCUCAUACAGUGGCCUCAGGCCAUAGUUAGCUUGCACAUACUUGCUGUAUGCGACAUACUAGUGUUUGAUUACCUAUUGUAUUUGUGUUUAUGACUGCUUAUGACAUUGAUAUUUUGAGGACUGUAUGACAGGGCUUCUGUAAAGUGUUACCAAAAAGGGCUGUAGAAAAAUUUAAGAUAACUGAAAGACAAUAUUGGCCAUUCCCUGCCCUAUCACUCCAUCUCAGUCUGUUUUUGACUACUAUUAAUAUAUCUAUUCCACUGACUAGAAUAUAAAAUGUAUUAUUAACAAUAUUAUUGAAUAUAUAUUCAUUUUGAAAUGCACAAUAUGUCUAUAGUUGUAAACUUUGGGUUAUCUUAUCAUUCCGAGUGCUUGAUUAUCAUAGCCAGGUUACACGACUGUAAAGAUUGUAACUUCUUGAAUAGUAUCACAUUGCUGUUGUUUUUAUUCUCGUAAUCGUAAAUGAAGGGUACAUUUGUACAUUUUGAACUAUGAUUUUUCUAUUUUUCUAUUUCUUUAAAGUUUAGAAUUUUCAGUCAUUUCUAGCUGCAUCACAUUCAAUCUGAUGGCGUCAUGCGGAAAGCACGUGCGCAAAUUAUGAGUGUAAUUUUGUAUUUGAUAUCAAAUAUAUUUGAUUUGACUAUUAUUAUUACUGUCACUAUUAUUGUUAUAAUUAUUGUUAUCAUCCCAUUUUUAAGGCUAUUGUUUUGUUAAUACAGGUAUAACCAACAUAGCCUAAUUUGUGUUUUUUAUUCUUCCUGACAAGUGUAGUAGAUUAUAGACUUUAUAUGAAUCUAUUUAUUUUAGUGAUGGUAUAUAUUCUUAAUGUUAUUCUUUAAAGAAGUGAUUCUCAACUGGUGGGUUGCGACCCAAACCAGAUAGAAAGUGAUUUAAUAAUUUAAUCUCUGAAUAAUUUUUCUUCAAUCAUAGUAUUUUCAAUAUAGAGCAGCACUAUUUAGCGGAUUUGGU